UCGUUGCGGUGCGUUGUGUCGAACGCGAGCUCGCUGCGUAUUUUCCGCGUCGUAUGCGUCGCAUAUUUUCCAGUUGUUGUGCCGUGAUUUAUCCCUCAAUUUAAUUGCUGCUAGUGAUCUACGUCUCCGCGCUCUCCGAUACGUGAAUUAUUUUCGAAAAAGUGGAUCCUCGCCCGGUGUGUUGCCCAAUUUUGAAACUCUCGUCUGGAAUCGUGAUCCGAACCCUCGUGUGACAAUAGAAAGAACGCCGCGAGAUAGUAACCGUUUUUACUGCCGUGUUUCUUCUCAUUUUUUUUUCUCGCUGGAAAGUGUUCUGUUUGUCUAAAACCGUGCCAUUUCGUGCCAGUGUUCCGUGAUCAUCGUGUGAUCUUUAGGCGACCGUCGGUAAUUGCGCGAGUGUCAUAGAACCGGCGCAGAAUCGGAAAAAGGAUCUGUGGAUCUUGACAAACGAAUUUCCAAUGCUGCUUAGUGUCUCCGCGCCGUGACAACGUUCGGAAGUGCUCUCGGUAGUGUGCUGUGCUGAUGACUAGUGCGAUGAUGUUCCAGGGCCAACAACAGCCAGAAACACCGUUUCGUCAAGUUGAGAUAAUAAUGAUGUGCUAGUGAUGUGGCUUAGCCAAGUGGUUUAGGCACUCUUGAGAUUUGCACAACGUUUCUCACAGAGAGAGAGACCUCGCAGUGGCAGAUAGAAGGUAGAAGGCAGAAGGUAUAGUGCGCACAAUCUUUCAAACAAACAACGGUGAAUGAUUGAAACGGUGCCAAGAGAACGGGGUUCUAGCAGCUUUGCAGAAGCAGGUGAAGAGAAAAUCAUGUCACAUUUUCCCUUUCGAGGCUCGCCUUCCGCUCAGAGUACAACACCGACAGUCCCGUCUGCACCUUCCUCCCCACCGACGGCAUCGGUUGCGAUGGCGGUCACGACGACAGUGCCACCCAGUGCCCGAAGCUCAUCACCCUGCUCCGCCACCUCGGGCCCACCAACGUCCGGACCAACGCCCGGUGGUGGCGGCGGCGGCGGUGGUGGUGGUGGCCGGUGCUGCGAUACGGGGCGACCCAUUUUCACCGAUCCCAUCUCCGGACAAACGGUUUGCUCGUGUCAGUACGAUCUCAUCAACUACCAGCGGCUAGCCAGUGCCGGGAUUGCCGCAGGACCCGGCGGAGUACCACUCUCGAUGUACAGUGCGCCCUACUCGCCCGAAACGAUGGCCGCCUACUUCCCGGCCAUCGGUGCUGACCAGGCUCCUUUCUAUGCAAAUCCUGCGGCGGCGGGAAUCGAUCUAAAGGAAAACCUCGCAGCUGGCGGCGCACCUUGGCCUUAUCCUUCCGUUUAUCACCCGUAUGAUGCGGCAUUUGGCUAUCCCUUUAACUCGUACGGGAUGGACUUGAAUGGAGCGCGGCGGAAAAAUGCGACACGCGAGACGACGAGUACGCUCAAAGCGUGGCUUAAUGAGCACAAGAAGAACCCGUACCCGACCAAAGGCGAGAAGAUCAUGCUGGCGAUCAUCACGAAGAUGACACUGACGCAGGUGUCGACGUGGUUCGCAAACGCCCGGCGGCGACUGAAGAAGGAGAACAAGAUGACCUGGGAGCCACGGAACCGCGUAGAGGACGAUGACGUCAACCUGGACGACGAUGACGACGAUAACAAGAGCUUAAAGGAUGAUAAGGAAAUACUAGACUCCAAAGAUUCGGGAACCGGUUCGAGUGAAGAUGGUGAUCGACCAUCGCGGUUAGAUUUGCUCGAUCGUCCGGGUGGAAGUGAGUGGAAUGGAUCAAGGAAUGGAAGUGGUCCCAAUUCGCCCGACAUCUACGACCACCGCCCUGUGGGUGUGGGACACCAUCCGCUGUUGCAUCCGUCGCAGUUCCCGCCACACCUGAGGCCCGCCAUUGCCACACCACCGGACGUAAGCCACACGCCGAGUGGCAGCACUAACCCCAGCAAACCGCGCAUCUGGUCACUGGCCGAUAUGGCCAGCAAGGAGAACAAGGACUCCGAUUCCAUCUCACCACCGACGGGCGCAGGGCAGGGCGGUUAUCCGUCGCCCGGCAAGAUGCCGGUUACGCCACUGGCCGGACGAGGCCUUAACCCACUCCACCACCAUCCGUACAUGCGGCCAGACUUUUACCGGAAUCUGUACGGUCACCAUCUGGCACCAGGUUCCCCGGAAGUGUCUCUGCUUGAGUCGUACCAGCGAACGUUCGGUGCUACGAUCGGAGCCCACAAUGGGCUACCCGUUGGCAUCAAUCCGCUCCUCUCGAAGGCGUCCGGUAGUAGUGGGCCACCCUUCGCACCGCUCAGCCUCACCACCGGAAACCAUCAUCAUCAUCACCAGCACCAGCCGCACACGACGGCUCCACCACCCGGAGCGUCCCCUGCCUCCAGUACCUCCAGCAAUGGGCCGGAAAAUCUGACGCCCGCGUCCGCCUCGCUCCCCCCAACCGGCACCAGCGAAAAGCUGAUCAACGUCGUGGCCAACAGCUCCAAACCAUGACUGGCGCUGGC